AUGACCACUAAACCAAAGCCUACACCUGCUGCCUCAUCAGCUGCUGCUUCAACAGAGACGGAACAAGUGAGGUUCACCACACCACCCUUCAAGACCACUAUCAAAAAGGAAAUGACAACCACCUCAAUACCUACUGAAACCACAUCUCAGAUCACAACUUUCAGCAAGCCUAAACUAACAACAGUAGCAAGGGAGCCAACCAGAGCUAAGACUCCAACUAGUAAAGUAGUAACAGCCUUCACCCACAAGAAGACAACCGUGCCACACAUCGUGCCACCUCUGACCACGCAGAAGACCACCGCCGCCAGCAGCACCGCCAAGACCUCUGUCUCCAGAGAGGCGAUUUCUGCUAGCACCGCAGAAGUCCCUCUGACAAGGACGUCUCCAAGUCCCAGCUCGCCGUCUGCCCACAGCAGCCCUCUCAGCACCCGGCUGCCAUCUGCCGCCACUUCCACCGUCUCCUCCACGUUGGCGCCAACCACCAGCCCCAAGCCUACGCCUACGACCCUAAGGCCCAAGCCCUCUUCCCCGACGACGACGGCUCCAACAGAGUCGCCCGCACCGGAGUCCUCCACACCCUCCACAGCCAAAACCAGCGCCCUGCCGUCGCCUGCUGCUUCUCCCUCCUCAACUGUGUCCUCAACACGGCUGAGCUCCUCACAGUCUUCCGUCACCCGCGAGAAGACAACCGUGCCACACAUCGUGCCACCUCUGACCACGCAGAAGACCACCGCCGCCACCUCCGCCAGCAGCACCGCCAAGACCUCUGUCUCCAGAGAGGCGAUUUCUGCUAGCACCGCAGAAGUCCCUCUGACAAGGACGUCUCCAAGUCCCAGCUCGCCGUCUGCCCACAGCAGCCCUCUCAGCACCCGGCUGCCAUCUGCCGCCACUUCCACCGUCUCCUCCACGUUGGCGCCAACCACCAGCCCCAAGCCUACGCCUACGACCCUAAGGCCCAAGCCCUCUUCCCCGACGACGACGGCUCCAACAGAGUCGCCCGCACCGGAGUCCUCCACACCCUCCACAGCCAAAACCAGCGCCCUGCCGUCGCCUGCUGCUUCUCCCUCCUCAACUGUGUCCUCAACACGGCUGAGCUCCUCACAGUCUUCCGUCACCCGCGAGAAGACAACCGUGCCACACAUCGUGCCACCUCUGACCACGCAGAAGACCACCGCCGCCACCUCCGCCAGCAGCACCGCCAAGACCUCUGUCUCCAGAGAGGCGAUUUCUGCUAGCACCGCAGAAGUCCCUCUGACAAGGACGUCUCCAAGUCCCAGCUCGCCGUCUGCCCACAGCAGCCCUCUCAGCACCCGGCUGCCAUCUGCCGCCACUUCCACCGUCUCCUCCACGUUGGCGCCAACCACCAGCCCCAAGCCUACGCCUACGACCCUAAGGCCCAAGCCCUCUUCCCCGACGACGACGGCUCCAACAGAGUCGCCCGCACCGGAGUCCUCCACACCCUCCACAGCCAAAACCAGCGCCCUGCCGUCGCCUGCUGCUUCUCCCUCCUCAACUGUGUCCUCAACACGGCUGAGCUCCUCACAGUCUUCCGUCACCCGCGAGAAGACAACCGUGCCACACAUCGUGCCACCUCUGACCACGCAGAAGACCACCGCCGCCACCUCCGCCAGCAGCACCGCCAAGACCUCUGUCUCCAGAGAGGCGAUUUCUGCUAGCACCGCAGAAGUCCCUCUGACAAGGACGUCUCCAAGUCCCAGCUCGCCGUCUGCCCACAGCAGCCCUCUCAGCACCCGGCUGCCAUCUGCCGCCACUUCCACCGUCUCCUCCACGUUGGCGCCAACCACCAGCCCCAAGCCUACGCCUACGACCCUAAGGCCCAAGCCCUCUUCCCCGACGACGACGGCUCCAACAGAGUCGCCCGCACCGGAGUCCUCCACACCCUCCACAGCCAAAACCAGCGCCCUGCCGUCGCCUGCUGCUUCUCCCUCCUCAACUGUGUCCUCAACACGGCUGAGCUCCUCACAGUCUUCCGUCACCCGCGAGAAGACAACCGUGCCACACAUCGUGCCACCUCUGACCACGCAGAAGACCACCGCCGCCACCUCCGCCAGCAGCACCGCCAAGACCUCUGUCUCCAGAGAGGCGAUUUCUGCUAGCACCGCAGAAGUCCCUCUGACAAGGACGUCUCCAAGUCCCAGCUCGCCGUCUGCCCACAGCAGCCCUCUCAGCACCCGGCUGCCAUCUGCCGCCACUUCCACCGUCUCCUCCACGUUGGCGCCAACCACCAGCCCCAAGCCUACGCCUACGACCCUAAGGCCCAAGCCCUCUUCCCCGACGACGACGGCUCCAACAGAGUCGCCCGCACCGGAGUCCUCCACACCCUCCACAGCCAAAACCAGCGCCCUGCCGUCGCCUGCUGCUUCUCCCUCCUCAACUGUGUCCUCAACACGGCUGAGCUCCUCACAGUCUUCCGUCACCCGCGAGAAGACAACCGUGCCACACAUCGUGCCACCUCUGACCACGCAGAAGACCACCGCCGCCACCUCCGCCAGCAGCACCGCCAAGACCUCUGUCUCCAGAGAGGCGAUUUCUGCUAGCACCGCAGAAGUCCCUCUGACAAGGACGUCUCCAAGUCCCAGCUCGCCGUCUGCCCACAGCAGCCCUCUCAGCACCCGGCUGCCAUCUGCCGCCACUUCCACCGUCUCCUCCACGUUGGCGCCAACCACCAGCCCCAAGCCUACGCCUACGACCCUAAGGCCCAAGCCCUCUUCCCCGACGACGACGGCUCCAACAGAGUCGCCCGCACCGGAGUCCUCCACACCCUCCACAGCCAAAACCAGCGCCCUGCCGUCGCCUGCUGCUUCUCCCUCCUCAACUGUGUCCUCAACACGGCUGAGCUCCUCACAGUCUUCCGUCACCCGCGAGAAGACAACCGUGCCACACAUCGUGCCACCUCUGACCACGCAGAAGACCACCGCCGCCACCUCCGCCAGCAGCACCGCCAAGACCUCUGUCUCCAGAGAGGCGAUUUCUGCUAGCACCGCAGAAGUCCCUCUGACAAGGACGUCUCCAAGUCCCAGCUCGCCGUCUGCCCACAGCAGCCCUCUCAGCACCCGGCUGCCAUCUGCCGCCACUUCCACCGUCUCCUCCACGUUGGCGCCAACCACCAGCCCCAAGCCUACGCCUACGACCCUAAGGCCCAAGCCCUCUUCCCCGACGACGACGGCUCCAACAGAGUCGCCCGCACCGGAGUCCUCCACACCCUCCACAGCCAAAACCAGCGCCCUGCCGUCGCCUGCUGCUUCUCCCUCCUCAACUGUGUCCUCAACACGGCUGAGCUCCUCACAGUCUUCCGUCACCCGCGAGAAGACAACCGUGCCACACAUCGUGCCACCUCUGACCACGCAGAAGACCACCGCCGCCACCUCCGCCAGCAGCACCGCCAAGACCUCUGUCUCCAGAGAGGCGAUUUCUGCUAGCACCGCAGAAGUCCCUCUGACAAGGACGUCUCCAAGUCCCAGCUCGCCGUCUGCCCACAGCAGCCCUCUCAGCACCCGGCUGCCAUCUGCCGCCACUUCCACCGUCUCCUCCACGUUGGCGCCAACCACCAGCCCCAAGCCUACGCCUACGACCCUAAGGCCCAAGCCCUCUUCCCCGACGACGACGGCUCCAACAGAGUCGCCCGCACCGGAGUCCUCCACACCCUCCACAGCCAAAACCAGCGCCCUGCCGUCGCCUGCUGCUUCUCCCUCCUCAACUGUGUCCUCAACACGGCUGAGCUCCUCACAGUCUUGGAGUGGGCAACGGGUGGGCAGGAGAUGGUCAGGGACACAGCCAGAUUAG